GCUCUCGUGCUCUCGCCAUUGCUCUCCGAUCGGAAGCUCGUCCAUGGCUAGUCCCCGGUUGAGGGCCACGCCGUUGGUGGCGAGAUCGCCGGAAGUUGUCAGUGGCGGGGAUGAGGCGAUCUGGAAGCGGCUUAGAGAAGCUGGGUUUGAUGAGGAGUCGGUGCGGCGGAGAGAUAAGGCUGCGCUCAUCGGGUACAUCAGGAAGCUUGAGACCGAGGUAUAUGACUAUCAAUACCAAAUGGGGAUCCUCAUCUUGCAGACGAAGGAACUGACAACUAAAUAUGAGAAUGCUAAAGCAUCUGCAGAUUCAGCUGAGAUCUUAUACAAACGUGAUCAAGCUGCUCACUUGUCUGCUUUAGCAGAAGCAAAGAAACGUGAGGAAAGCCUAAACAAUGCUUUAAGCAUCGAAAAGGAAUGUGUAGCUAAUAUUGAGAAGGCCUUGCAUGAUAUGCGUGCUGAGAGCGCAGAAAAGAAAGUUGCAUGUGAAAGCAAGCUGGGUGAAGCCCGUACAUUGAUGGAACAUGCACAGAAGAAAUUUGAUGAGGCAGAGAACAAGAUCCUUGAAGCAGAGUCUAUGCAUGCAGAGGCAGCUCGAUCUCUUAAUACUGCAACAAGAAGCUUACAGGAUGUGGAAGCCCGUGAAGAUGAUCUGAGGCGUCGACUAAUGUCUUUCAAAUCGGAAUAUGUUGCGAAAGAAAAGGAAAUCAACCUUCAGAGGCAGUCCCUUUUUGACGGUCAGAAAGUGCUGCAUGAAGAACAAGAGAAAUUAAGGGAGAGACAGAGUUUAUUAAAUCAGAGAGAAAGAUACAUAGAUGAGAAGACAAAGGCAUUAAAGAACUUUGAAAAAGAAUUAGAGGAAAAUAAAGCUAAUAUUGAAGAAGAGCAUAGAGCACUACAAGUGGAAAAAACUAAUCUAGAUCUAGAUAAGGCUGCUCUUUCAUCUAGGGAGGAGGCUGUAGUUCAGAGAGAAUCUCUUCUUGAUAAAAGAGAGCGUGAAGUUCUUAUUCUUCAAGAAAAAGUUGCAAAUAAAGAAUAUGAUGAUAUCCAAAGACUUGCUGAUGAAAACCAAACUACUCUUGAAAGGAAAAGAUUUGAAUUUGAAGCUGAACUGGAGAAAAGACGCAUAUCAUUUGAGGAUGAAAUGGAGAUCAAAAGGUCAUCUUUUAAAUUGAGGGAGUGUGAGCUUAAUCAGAGGGAAAACAUGAUCCAAGAGAGAGAGAACUCAUUAGAGCAUAGUCUAAAGGAGUUUUCUGAGAAGCAGGAAGACUUGAUAAAAAAGUUGAAAUUCUUCGAGGAGAAAGAACAAGUUCUCCAGUCUGCUCAGAAAGCAAAAGAAGUGGAGAUUCUUAAAAUGCAGGAAGAGAGAGUAGAAAUCCAGAAAAUGAGGGAGGAUUUGGAGAAAAUGAAGGUUGCCCUUGAAGAUAAAAAGGAAGAAAUUUCUCUUGCACAAAAGCAGCUGGAGCUCACGGAGAGCGAGAGAAGUGAAUUGGCUGUUUUGGAAACAAAACUUAAAGAAGAGAUUGACAGUCUCAGGGCACAAAAAAUGGAACUUGCAGAUGAAGCAGAGAAACUAAGAGCAGAGAAGGAGAAGUUUGAGAUUGAGUGGGAGUUGGUUGAUGAAAAAAGAGAGGAAUUACGAAAAGAAAUGGAAAGGAUUGCUGAAGAGCGAAAGGCAGUAAGCAGUUACCUAAAGAAUGAACAUGAAAGCAUAAAAUUAGAGAAGGAGAAUUUGCAAAUUCAGUUGAAGGUUGAGGUUGAGGCCUUAUCCCAUGAACGACAGGAGUUUAUAAGUAAGAUGGAGCGGGAGCACUCAGAGUGGUUCAGCAGAAUUCAGCAAGAAAGGGAUGAUUUUGUGAAGGACAUCAAUCUUCAGAGGAAAGAGUUAGAGAAUUGCAUUGAUAAGAGACGGGAAGAAAUAGAAAGAUAUCUAAAGGAAAAGGAGGAAGCCUUCGAACAAGAAAAGGCAAGGGAACUUCAGCAUAUAAAUUCUCAGAAGGAAAUGAUUGGCAAAGAGUUGGAACAUGUUGCCAUGGAACUUAAAAGGCUUGAAAAUGAGAGGGUGGAGAUCAGUUCAGAUCGUGAGCAGAGGGAGAGAGAAUGGUCUGAGAUAAAAAAGUCAAUUGAAGAGCUUAAUUCCCAGCGUGAGAAGCUCCAGAAGCAGAGGGAAUUAUUACACGCUGAUCGGAAUGAAAUAAAUCAGCAGAUCCAACAACUCAAAAGAUUGGAAGAACUGAAUAUUGAAUCUGAAAAUAGGGCUUUGUCUGAGAUAAAAUCUGUUGAUGUAAAUUCCAGUGGAUUGAAGGCUCUCAGAAAAUGUUCAUCCGCAAACACUCUUGCUAAAAAACUUGAUCUGAAUGAAACAAUGCCAAAUCCUGAAGCUAGUUGCAGACAUAUGCAGCAACCUGAGAAGACUUCUGGUAGUGGUUCACCUCCUGUGUCAUCCCCUUUAUCCUGGUUAAGGAAAUGUACUGAUGUGAUAUUCAAGCGCUCCCCUGAAAAAGUUGUUCCUGAUGAUAAACAUAAUGUUGAAAGCCGAUUCUCAGCUACAUUUGGGGAAGUCUCAAUUGGAAAAGAAAUUAAAUCCCUGAACUCAAAUUUUCUUGACAAGAACUCCAGAGGUAAUGGUAAGCAUGCCAAAGAUGCAGAUAAUGCUAAUGGAGCAAAGCCUUGGCUUCUGGGAAGGAAAAGGCCAAGCAAUAGUUUAUCUCAUGAGCAUGCGGACAUGCUGGAACAACCAACUUCGAAACUACGGAAGAAAAUGAGGCAAACAGAAACUGAUGAUAUCGAAGAAACCACAAAUAAUGGUAUCCCUUCAGCACAAGUUCCAUCAACCACUGAAGACGGCAACCCAGGAUCGCAAGUCCAGAAUUCAGACUAUACAGAAGCUCCCAAUGGCUGUGUAAAUGAUAAAAAUGAACUCCCUAAAGUUUCAAAUCCACAACCACAUCUGAAUGGUGAUUUCUCUUCUGGUUCACACCCUAAUGGAGUCAUGAAAGAUAAGCCUGAAACUGAGCCUAUUGUGUAUGAUGUUGAUGAGUCUGAAGAGCAAGGGGGAGGAUCUGACGAAGAUAGUGAUGAUGAAGGUGAUGAAGGUGAUGAAGGUGAAGAGGGGAAGUCGAUACAAUCAAAGCUGUGGAAGUUUCUCACUACAUGAUCUAGACAGGCUACUGAUGUAUAGUUUAUAGGUCUUCAAAGAAUGCAUAUAAAAACAUUCGACGGACAGGUCAUUUAGCAGCUACUGACUUUAUUUUACCUUUUUCUUUCUUUUUAUCGUCUUUGUCACUUCAGUUUCAAACGUGUAUAUGUGGCAAACGGUGAUUGGUGUGCAGAGUCUAGUAUGUUUCUGUAUAUCCUGGAGUGAAUGGUUUGAAUGGUGGAUUUAUUUGAGGGGUGUGUGUGCGAGAUAAGUGACAAAUGUGUAGUAGUAGUGUUCUUGUUCUUCGUCUUUUUGACUGCUACUAACCUCAGUCAUUCUGGGUUCUGUCUGGAGAUUGCCCCUUGUUUAAUGUUAGGCUCAGUCUGAGCUCAGAGUUGUUGAUAAUAGCUGUGCCCAUAUUCUCAUUGUUUGUUGAACAAUCUCAAGAUUGAUUAAUGGUUGUAGUUUGUGGAAUGGAAAGACUGCAAAUAGAAUUUAGUGA